AUGGACUCUCUCAUCAAUAAGGGCAAGUCGAUGCUCAACAACCAGACCGGCACGCAGGGCCAGUCCGGCCUCAACUCGGGUGUCAAUGCCGGCCAGGCGACGAGUGGCGGUAACGAGGACUACGUUGACAAGGGCCUCGACAGCUUCGAGAAGAAGCAGGGCUGGAACGUCAACCGCAACACGAACGAGAAGAUCACCGACGGCGCACGGGACUUCCUCGAGAAGAAGACCGGGUAUGACAUCCCCGACAAGUUCUCGAACUGA